AUGGGCUUCUUUACUACCAGCCAUCCCUUUAAUCCCCGCACCUCCAUCCCUGACCUCAAGUCCAAAGUCAUUCUUGUCACUGGUGGCAACAAUGGGCUGGGCAAAGAGGCCAUUCUACAACUCGCCCGCCAUGGUCCCGCCAAAAUCUACAUGGCUGCCCGAUCUGCCGACAAGGCUACUGCCGCCAUCAACUCCAUCAACAAUCAGCUCACCGUCGACACUGUCAUCGAGCAUCUACCUCUCGAUCUAUCAUCCCUACAAUCAGUCAGAGAAGCCGCCGAGAUAGUCAAAUCCACGUCCUCUCGCCUCGAUAUCUUGAUGCUCAAUGCUGGUAUCAUGGCCACGCCUCCGGGCCGUACCCACGAAGGCUUUGACGAUCAGAUGGGCGUCAACCAUAUUGGUCACUUCUACCUUACGCAGCAGCUACUCCCCCUCCUUACCGUCACCGCCGCGGCAGGCAACGACGUGCGUGUGGUCUCUCUUACCAGCGAAGCACACAACCUGGGACCUUCAUCUCUCGACAUCAUCUUCAACACCGAGCGCCUAAUCCAGACAUCGCCCUGGUCCCGCUACGGCGCCUCCAAGGCUGCCAACAUCAUGUUCGCGGCCGAACUCGCACGUCGGUACCCACAUUUCACUACCGCCAGUCUACAUCCCGGCAUCAUCAUGACGGAUCUGCAUACGCCCGGUCAGCAGAGCCACAGUUUCGUCGGUCUGUUCAUGAAGUACAUGAGCCCGUUCAUCACGCAAGACGUGCCGCACGGCGCCUACAACCAGCUUUGGGCGGCGACAACCAAUGAGGAGCUGACCAGUGGUGGGUACUAUACUCCUGUGGGAAGGCUCCAGAAGAACACCAAGUGGGCCAAGGAUCGCGAAGCCGGAAGACGAUGUUGGGAGUGGACGGAGGAGGAGCUGAAGAAGGCUGGGUUUUAG